AUGCCGUCUCCGUCAAGCCCUACAGCCGCUAAACGCGAAUCUCUACCCACUGCAGGCAGUGUUUUCUUUGUGUCUUCUAAUGGUCGCGUUCUCAGACUACCUAUCCCGAGCAGAUCCUAUCGUGAUCCACUCACUUGGUCAUCGACAAAGCGACUCCUAGCGUUUUGUGCUUUGCAAACCCUCUCUAUUUCUGCGUCUUUUGCUUUAAACUUGCCUGGCCUGUUGAUUCGGGCAAUUACAGAUGAGUUCAAGAACAAGGACACUGCUCCGUUUGGAGUAGAGUCACUGUCCUCCGCCAUGACACUGUUCACAGGCUUUGGGUUUCUCAUCAGUAUUCCUUUAUCUACAGCGAUUGGUCGACGACCGGUUUUAGUCAGCGCGGCUGUCAUCACAGUCCUCUCAACCUUGUGGGCUGGGUACGUGGAAGAUUUUAUUGAGUUGCUUGCUUCUGUUUGCCUUCAAGGAUUGGCAGCUGGAUCAGCGACUGGCAUGAUAAUUCUGAUCCUUAUCGAUGCCACUUUCAUACACGAGCGCCCUACUGCGUUAUCUCUAUUCUGGUGUCUUGGAUCGGCUGCCAUUAGAUUGUCAACCUUGGUACUGCCUUAUACCACGGACUUGACCUCGACAUGGCGAUGUGUCUACCGAGUCUGGCUCGCUCCAUGCAUUAUUGCUCUCAUACUGGUUCUCAUCUUUGUUCCAGAAACCUUCUUUCUCCGACCGCCUGUUGCACUGGACGGAAGGGUCUUGAUCCAAAGCGGCUCAGAGAAAGUAGAAAUCUAUGGAGGGUGGGACGAGGUUGAGGCUCUACGAAAUGAGAAACCUUUACCUGAUAUACCCUCCACUUCGUCGUUUUGCUCCCACUUCAAAGUCUCGAGAGCGCCCGGGACGAAUUGGGAGUCUGCGGCAGCUACCUAUGGACAAAUGCUCUUAUGUAUCCUCAACCCCCUCACAUUUUGGGUCUCACUUCUCGCAGGGGUAAUCCUUAGUGGUGUGAUCUUCUUAAAUCUUACUCAGUUCACUGCCAUCAUGUUGGAAGGAGGAAUCAAUGAUCCAAAGGCAAUUAAUGCCUAUCUUUCUGUCUCAGGCAUACUUGGCUCUCUGUUGGCUUUCCCAGCGAUGGGUCCCUUUGCAACAUGGUUUACUCGCUAUCAUAGUUUCCGCACAGGAGGCGUUCGACAUGCGGAAGUUUACCUGGCUCUAUUCGCUGUCCCUGUCAUCACUGGAAUGGCUAGUGUCUUGAUCAAUGGUCUAACAAUCAUGCGAGGCUGGCCCACAACCUGGAUCUAUGUCACUUCUGCUCUAAGCAUUAUCAGCUAUCUAACAGGCAAUGUCGCCUUUACUCUAUGGAUCACCGAAGCAUUCCCUAAAUGGGCUGCAGCGGCUCAGGCUGUGCAACUGUUCACUAGCAACAUGGUCGGGUUUGGAAUUGGUACUGGCAUUGCUCCUUGGGUCCAGGAGAACCACAUUGUCGAGCCCACUGUUCUUCUUUCCGUCCUUAUAGGUGUCCUUGGCACUCUUGCUGUCCCCGCUGCAUUUUGGGGGAAGACAGUUCGGCAGUACAUACAUGGUCGGUGGAGUGAUUCAGAAAGGACUGCUCUGCGUCCCCAAUAA